AUGCGGAAAGGUAAGAGAGGCAGGGAUGAUCUCACUAGAACCAUUCAUGGGAACAAAAGAGCUUGCAAGAUUGAGUGGGUUUCAGGUCGCUUCCCUGCGGACUCAACUCAAGAUGUUUGGGAUGGGCUCAAUGAUGUUGUAAAAUCAUAUUUGUCUAAAAGUGUCGCCUCGAUUGCUUUGUGCGAUGGAGACACAAUCUUAUUUUCAUGCUCGGGCAUAGCUAUGGAACGCCAGGGGUACAACCUCAGGUUUCUGACUACUGCAGGUUUGGUUAGAGCUAUGAAUGAUACAAACAAAGACUCUGAUGACUUAAAAAUUGAAGUGCGCCAUGAAGGUGAUGAAGUAUGUAUGGGGUGUCUGGCUGAAUUUGAUUUACAUCGCAACUUUGCUGUUGUUGCUGUCUCUGGCUUCGAUGAUGUUCAGUUUGGACCGUUUCAACGUGCACUGGAAACUCUGCCCCAUGGUAAGGUUGCAGUAGCUGUAGGGCGUCACGUCUCUGGUAAAAUAAUGGCCAAGAGCGUGGAAUUGAAUAGUGAAGGGAUAUCUGAGGAUGAUGAAGAUCUUCACUGUAAAACCUCAGAGGUUUGGGAAGGCAGGCCACUCCUUUUUGUUGAUCACGUUGUUGGCAUGAACCUUUUUCUGACUAAGAGAAGAGCCAUUUUCCGACCAUGGGACAUAAUUCUCAAGCAUCUGGAGCGUUACUCAAGAUCCCAGCAAAAGAAGGAUGGUCUUGCACAGUCAAAAUGUUUGAAGGUUUACAGGUUUGGAGCAAGACCCCUAGGUGAGAAAUCUAUCACCUAUCCGCACACAGUACAAGGACAUUAUUAUUUCAACAAGGACCUGUCUUUAGAUCUAGACUCCAAUGGUUACCCUAAGUUACCAUCAACCAUGUUAGGAGCUGGCAUGAUUCGAGUUAAUACGUUUGAAGAUACUUUUGGCCACACAUAUGAUGAAGGUGUCUGGAAAAAAUUCAACAACGGAGCUUGUUCUAACAUAAGACGCAAUAUUGUUGCACUGGCUUCAUUCACUGGAGGAAAAAGGUUUUUUGCAUGCACAGGUUUUUUUGUUAAUUGGAUUGGAUCUCCUAUUAUUUUGACAUCAGCAAGCUUGGUUAGAAAUUCUAAUGAUGACAACAAGAUUGUUGAAAAUUUUAAGAUUGAAGUGUUGCUUCCAAACAACAAACGCACAGAAGGAACAUUACAACAUUAUAAUCUACAUUAUAAUGUUGCUCUAGUCAGUGUCAAGGAUUACCGUGAUCAUCGUCCAUUAAAUACUGUGCCUAAUUUUAUCGACCAUUUUGAGGUAGCAGCUGUAGGCCGUUGCUUUGAAUCAGGCGCAUUACUGGCUACUUGUGGGGAUCUGGUUAAUUGGACAGGCACACUUGAUUGCAAGUUCCUCAUACGUUCCACGUGUAAAAUCACCAAGGCUGGGAUUGGAGGCCCACUUGUUAAUCUUCAUGGGGACGUUGUUGGCAUGAACUUCUAUGAUAAGAGAAUAGGAACCCCUUUUCUGGGAUGGGAGAACAUUAGCACAAUUCUAGCAAUGUUUGAGAAAAGUAAACUUGGUGAAGAUGGCAAUGAUAGUGAUAAACUGCCUGGAGACAAAACUGUGUUAAACAGGUGGCCUGUGCCCUUGCCACACUGGCGUCAUCCUGAGUUUUUGGAUGAUGAUAAAUCUGAUGAUGAUGAUGAUGAUGAUGCUGAUGCUGAUGCUGCUGGUCAAAUCCAAAUUUGGGCGCAUGAAGAUAUCCCACGAGAAGGAAUACACUUACAUAAAUGGAAUUAA